AUGUCGGACUCUGUAGAUCGAGUCUUUGUUCAUGCCCUCAAUACCGUUAAGAGGAUUCCCCGGACCGGCACUGCACGACCUCCUGCCGCCCAGCGCUUGGCCCUCUAUGGCUUAUACAAGCAGAGUAUGGAGGGGGAUGUGGAGGGUGUAAUGGAUCGACCGAUUGGGAACACACCGGAGGUGCAUGCGGAGUGCGAGAAAUGGGAUGCCUGGUACGCGCAGCGCGAUCUAUCCCGCACCGAAGCCAAACGCCGCUACAUCUCCACGCUAAUCAACACAAUGCACGAGUACGCCUCGCAAACACCGGACGCGCGCGAGCUAGUCUCCGAGCUAGAGUUUGUCUGGGACCAGAUAAAAUACAACGCCUCCUCAUCCUCCGGCUCCGGUCGUCUGAACACCGUCGGCGUGCCGCCCUUAUCGCGCAGUGCGUACGGGAGUAUCGGGAGUCGGCUAGCACAGUCCGAGGAAUUCGACCGUCCCGAUCGACGGACAGAUACGAGUCGCCGGGACCGUGAUUCCCGGCUACGGGUUCUCAGCCCCGUUAGCCAGCCAGAGGAAGAGGAGUAUUACCGACGACGAAUGCGGAUUGACGACGACCAGCGUGAUGAGGAGGACGACGAGGAGGACGAGGAGUUCGAAGAAGCCCGUGAUAGCUUAUACGAAGCACAAGCAGACGAUGACGACCGCUCUGAGCAUAGCACUACCACACACUCAAACACGUAUACUAAUUCCGAGCAUUCACAUCGACGGCCGCCGCAUCGCCGGAAUACGGCUUCCGGGGUUAGUUUGGAUAGUAGUCGGAAUGGGAAUGUGCGGGAUUCAGCGUCGCAGUCUGGGAAAGAUACUCGCUGGCGCAGACGAGUCGAGCAGGCCUUGACGAAGAUGACGGCUGAGAUUGCGGCUGUGAGGGAGCAGAUGGAGGUUCGGACUCUGGCGCAAAGGCGCAGGUCUGGGCUGUGGGCUUGGUUGAAGUGGAUUGUUUGGAUUGCUGUGCGGCAGAUCUUGUUUGAUAUUGCUAUGCUCGGUGGUCUGCUGAUUUAUAUGCGGUUGAAGGGGGACCGACGGGUCGAGAAUCGGCUUAAGACGGGCUGGGCGGCGGUUAAGGCGAGACUUGGGAGGAUUAAGCUCCUGAAGGUAAUUGAUAUGCCUAUCUUGCCGUGA